AUGAGUAUUGAAACACGCACAGCUGAAGCACUCAUCUGCAGCCUGCAAUGCAACGAUAAAGGAAGCGUAGUAUGCGCAGGCACAGAAAAUGGAAAUAUCACAGUAUAUAAAAUAGAAGAAGAUGGGGUUCUGCCAAUUCAGAACCUGGCACACGGUUCUUCUCCUAUAUUCUCCACUCUUUUCAUGGACGACAGAAUAGUGGCAGGCACGCACGAUGGCCACCUGCUGGUUUGGAGACUAAAUCAGACAGAAUACGUUUUUGAGUCUGCCAUAACUGUCUUCCAAGGAUGCAUAAAUACAAUUUAUGAGUGCAAAGGAUCUGUUGUGUGCGGAUGCUCAGAUGGAAGAAUCCGAAAGGUCUCUUUGUCUGGCGAGGUAGCAGCAGAAUGGUUUGCGCAUAAGCACGGUGUCACUGGAAUAUCCGUCUAUAAGAACUACAUAGUCAGUGCAGGCAUGGACUCAGUCAUAAAAAUCUGGAAGGAAGAAGAUCAAUCCCUGGUUGCAGAGCUAAAAGAACACUCCAAGGCAAUUCGUGACUGCCGGAUAUGCGAGAAUCCCUUUGACGUCUUUGUAAUUGCAAGUUGCUCAGAUGACGGGACCCUUUGCCUAUUCACUGAAGAGAAAGUUGGCUCUUUGGAGUUUACAGUUGAUAAGCACGUUAUAGGCACGCCCUGCAGGAAGAUUGCCUGGAGCAGACUGGACCACUCUGUUGCUGUAGGAUACGGCCAAGGAGAAGUGAAAGUAUUUUCCCCAGACUCCAUAUGCAAGUGGAAGGAGUCUUCUUCUGUGCUUCCAUAA